GGACUCAGGGAGAGGAGCUCAGAUGAUGGGGAUAAUACAGCGGUGUGGUGGGGUGGAGGUGGUAUCUGUUAAGUGCAGCUGGUGCGGCUGACAGCUCCAUGAUCGCGCUGUGGAGGUUUGGCUGAGGAGCUGUUCGCAGCAUGGGCACCGGGGAUUACAUCUGCGUGACGCUGCGUGGUGGUGCACCCUGGGGAUUCACCCUGCGGGAGGGAGAGGGGGACACCUAUAGACCCCUAAUACUCACCCAGGUAGAAGAAGACGGACGUGCCUUUCAGGCCGGAGUUCGGGAUGAUGAUGAGGCGGUGUCACUUAAUGGCGAACCAUGUGCUGACCUCACCCUCAUGCAAGCCUUGGAGCUCAUUGACGCAUCCAUUGACUGUGUGCAGCUGCUUGUGAAAAGAUACAGUGCCAUCCCUUCAGAUGACAAUAAAUCAGAAGAGGCAUCCUGUAGUGAAAGGGACUCAUCUGGUGAGGUUCUUGAGAGCACCACCCUCCACAUCGUCUCUCCAAAGCACAGGUCCCAGAGCCCAAAUGAACUCUACAUAUCUGAGUCCCAGGAUGAUGCCUUCAAUGUAGAGUUGGACAUCCAGUUCCCCAAGAGACCCCAGCUGCUUUGCACACAGCUCCAUACUCUCUCGCUUGGUGAUCAGAAAGUCCAGGAGGAAAAUGAUGAAGGAACACAGCGGUGUCUCUCUCCUGGGGACAUGGUGGAGCUCCAGGUGUCUCUUUCCGAGCAAACCUUGGAUGACAUAGGGAGAACAUCUCUUGGGAGUGCUCUUGGUAUUGAGGGGGAACUUUCAAACAGAGAGGCCAUCAUCACAAUCCCGAUCAUCACCGCCACCACAUCUCAUGAUGGGCCAAGCUCCUUCAGAGAGCCGCUUGGCCAGCGUGGAGUGGUGCUCAGCUCCCCUUCCAUGCUGGGGCAGGUGGAGGUCAUUUUGCAGAAGCAGCCAGCAGCAUCAGGAGCAGGGAGGGGCAUCCUGAAUGUGGGUGGAAGUGUUGGAUCCCAAAGCGAGGGAGAAGAAGGAGGAGGGUGUUGUGAGGGAGUCCCUGGGUCAUUUACUGUCUCAUUUGGAAUUCCCUCAGAAGAGGGGACUGCCACAGAAGAGCAGGACUCUGACUCAGAAGGGGAUCAAGACAAACCCAACAAACACCGGGCCAGGCAUGCCAGGCUCAGGCGAGGCGAGAGUCAGUCAGAGAAGCAGCUGAAGGAGGCCAAGUCCAAAUGUAAACGAAUUGCUCUUCUUCUUACGGCUGCACCGCCCAACCCUAACAACAAGGGGGUGUUGAUGUUCAAGAAACAUCGGCAGAGGGCCAAGAAAUACACACUUGUGAGCUACGGUACAGGAGAAGACGAACCUGACUACAGUGACGAAGAAGACGAGGAAAACGAGGACAACAAGCAAGGGACCCACACUGUUGAAUUUACCCUUCUGGCCCCAAACAAAUCUGAAUCAGACAAGCAGUUUCUUGCUAAUGCCCAAAGUGGAAAAGGUGUGCUGACAAUCAACUUGGACAAGGGUCUGCUUGAGAUUGAAAGGAACUUGAGUAACCAAGAAGAGAUGGAGUGUUUGCCCGAAACCAAGGGAAAGGGCGCCUUGAUGUUUGCCCAACGACGUCUAAGGAUGGAUGAGAUUACUGCUGAACAUGAGGAGCUAAGGCGCCAAGGGAUUCCUGUAGAAGGAGUGGUGGAGGCAGAAAAAAAGAUAGAAGAGCACUCCUACAUGCAGUCCACAACAGAGAGCAAUGCUUAUAUGGAUGUAAAUAUACACCAACAAAGCCAGCAGCAACAACAGUACCAGCAAUAUCAGGAGCAGCAGUACUAUGAACAACAACAAAGCUAUCAACAGCAACAACAGAGCUACCAACAGCAACAAAACUACCAGCAGCAGCAGGAACAACAACAACAACAACAACAACAACAGUAUCAGCAGCAGCAGCAGCAGUAUGAACAACAGCAUUAUCAACAGCAGCAGAUGUAUCAGCAGCGGCAGCAAGAAUAUCAUCAAGAGCAACAGCAAAUGCAGCACUAUUCUACAAACAUCAAUGGCACUGUCCAACACCAAACCAAUGAAAUGCAGAGCUCUUUCAGCAAUCGUUCUGCAAAGCCGUUCUCAGCAGAAAGCAUGGUAAAUACCACUUAUUCUCCUGCAAUGAGUGGGACCAAUCAAGAUUCUAUGGGCCAAGGAGAGCAGAUAGCUUCUCGAGAUGAGCGUAUUUCUACCCCUGCAAUCAAGACUGGCAUUUUGGCGGAUACGAAAAGAAGAAAUGCAGGCAAGCCGAUGUUCACAUUUAAGGAAGCACCAAAGGUAUCACCUAACCCUGUACUGCUAAACCUUCUUAACAGGGGUGAUAAGAAGUUAGGCUUUGAGUCAGGACCUGAGGAGGACUACCUCAGCCUUGGCGCUGAGGCAUGUAAUUUCCUCCAGUCUUCAAGAGGUAAACCCAAGGUUCCUCCACCAGUGGCUCCAAAGCCUAUGAUCAACCCCAACUCUCCUCCUUGGUCCCCACAGAUAGAAAUGACCAACCAGGACAUGCCUCAACAGGCUGAAAAUAGUAUGUCAACACCUGCUGUAGCCCCCACCGCUGAGACUGCCCUUGCUCCAGAACCAGAGCCAACCUCUGCACCUGCCCCCGAGCCCUCCCCUCCUCCUGCCCCCCAGGAGGCUCCUGCCACUAUCACAACAGAGGAACGGCACAUAUGGACUCACCAGCCAGAAUCUCAACAACAACCUUUGCAAGUGCCGACCCAAGAGGAAAACAGUCACAUCAAUGCUACCCAGCAGGCUGAGCAUGCUCCUGUGACAAGCUGGUCUGCAGCACAAGCCCAAGCCCAAGCCCUAGCCCAAGCCAAAGCCCAAGCCCAGGCACAAGCACUAGCACUAGCACAGGCCCAAGCCCAAGCCCAAGCCCAAGCUGAAGCCCAGGCCCAAGCCCAAGCCCAAGCCCAAGCCCAAGCCCAAGCCCAAGCCCAAGCCCAAGCUCAAGCUCAAGCCCUGGCCCAAGCCCAACAACAGCCAUCUACUAAUUCAUGGCACCCAUCUCAAGUGCAGCCACAGGAACCACCUCCAAGUCAGUCACCACCACAGCCACCUUGGGUGACACGUCAGCCUCUGCAGACCCAAGCACAGGUUCAGCCACCCACAAAUACUUGGACCCCUCAAAUUCAGCCAUCCUGGAGUCAGCCUCAAGAGCAACCACAUCCUCAGCAACAGUCUCAGCCACCCUGGACAAACCCUCAUGAGCAUCCAAAUCAGCAGCAAAUGCAAGCAAGUUGGAGUCAGUCUCAAGAACCAACGCGACAGCAGCCCCAGCCCCCAUGGGCACAGCCAUCAUUAACAGAGAGUCAACAACAACCACCAUGGGUGACACAACCACAGCAACAAACCCAGCUUCCUUGGGUUCAACAAGUUCAGCCAGAAUCCCAACCACAACCUCCAUGGGUUCAGCAACCACAGCAUCAGGCUCCUCAACAAGCAUGGCCGCAGGCCCAAGCCCCAGGCCAGCCUCAACCACCUUGGGUUUCAGCACAGCCUCAGCAGCAACAGCAACCUUCAAUGAAUCCAUGGCCUCCAUCACAAGCUCAAGCCCAAGUUCAGCCACCCUGGGCCCAAGCAGCCCAAGCACAGCCUCCAGCUCAACCCCAAGCCAAUUUGAAUCCAUGGGCACCAGUACCUGCACAGCCUGAGUCCCAACCGUCAUGGGCCCAGCAGCCGCCAGAACAUGGACAGCAUCCAAUGAAUACUUGGGCCCAAGAUCAAAACCCUGCUCAACAUCAACCACCUUGGGCUCAACCUGCUCCACCCCAGCCAGCAACAAAUACAUGGCCUUCAGCUCAGACACAGCCUCAGGCACCUGUGAAUACCUGGGCACCACAGGCACAACAGACACCUGUGAAUGCUUCUAUGUCAAUAUUGAACCCCCAUCCUUCUCCAAAACCUUGGAAUCCACCACAGAGUUCCCCCCAAAGCCGGACCCCUCCACCCCCACCACAGCGAAUGCACUCAUUCACCAUUGGUCAAAGAGUUUCAUCACCCAUCAACCCAAUGGCCACUGUCUUAAAUCCAUCAUCCCAAGGUUCAGCUUUUGAGAUGCCAGCGGUUAAAGGAAAAGGAGCUGAUAUGUUUGCAAAGAGGCAGUCUCGCAUGGAGAAGUUUGUUGUGGACUCUGAGACUGUGCAAGCAAACAAGGCAUGCCGGGCAACAUCGCCAGUUGCUUCCUUACCUACUGAGUGGAAGUAUACACCCAAUGCACUUGGCAGGAGCUACUCCCUCUCUCCAUUAGCCAGAGUGCCAACCACCACAGGCCAGAGGUCAGCCUCUUCCUCCCCCAAGCCUCCUUCUUGGGCCUCCUCAACUCCCCAAGCAAGGCAGACACACUGGCCAGAGAAGGGUCACAAAGCCCCAACGCCCUGGGAGGCAGCCUCCCGUCACCCCUUCGGCAUGGUGGAUGAAGCCUUCUCUCACCAGAACCUCCAGCAAACCCUCGCCUCGAACAUCCGCAUGGCAGCCCAGCGUAAGAUUCUGCCUGAGCCACCGGCAGAGUGGAAGGCCAGGGUUUCUUACCAAGCCCCGCAGAAAACAGGCAGCCAGACUUGGAGCCAGAGUCAAAGCUGCAGCCCACGUCGAGCUCCACUUCCAUCAUUUGUGCCCCUGACGAGGAGCACCAUCUCCAGUCCUGGAGGGGGUGCUGGAUACAGGUCUCUGCCCAGACAGUGGCAGCCUAAGAGGUCUUCGACAGAGGGGAACCUGGGGCCAUCAGUGUCCUACUCUGAGCAUAAGAGGCCCUUAGGGAACCAAACUUACAAGCCUAUGUACAGCAGCAACACUUGGAGUUGGAAGCGGGGCAGCCAUGUCACAAUUCUCCACCAUGACGACCAGAGAGAGGAAAAUGCAGGCUGCAGCAAUCUGCAGGGAGAUCCAAGCUCAGGAAGAUGUAGAAAUGGAUCUUGGGAAGAAAGUCAGUAUGCCUAAGGACAUCAUGCUGGAUGAGCUAUCCUUUGCCUCAAACCGGGGCUCCAGACUCUUCAAACAGCGCCAGAGACGAUCAGAAAAGUACACGUUUGAAAGCAUCCAGAACCAAAACAACAAA